AUGAUCUCUUCUUCACUGUCCUUGACAUCGCUGACAGUCGCGUCUUCUUCCAAUCCUGUAUCGACUCCUGCUCUGCUGCUUCUAAAAGUGAACAGCGGUGUAGACGAGUCCAAAUGCACAGGCGACAUAACGUAUGCGCCCGUCGUGGCAUACAACGUCGGUCAGCAGCAGAACCAAGAUAACAGCAAUAAGCAACAACAGCUACAGCUCCAAUCCAAGUAUUUGUACUGGGCUGUUGGCGGUCUUGGAUUAGAUUCAUCAUUCGGCUAUCAGCUCAAAUAUACUAGCGAGAAGAACGAUGACGAUAGCAAGAAAGCAACCACAGCUGUUGUUGAGCCAUUUGUCCUUGUCACUGGCUCUGUUCUCUCCUAUGUCUCCAAAGACGUUGCUGAAGGAACUGUAAAGUCGUUUACCGACAAUGCUGAACACGACGAGAACCUUUUCACUGCCGGUGCGCAUCGUAUUGACUGCGACUAUGCUACGGAAAAGAAGGACCAAGGCGCCAACGACCACAUCCAGCUCAGCAUUUCUGAAUUUACUGAGUCGUAUAUGUUCAGUCUGGCUGUCCCUAUCCAUCAACUCGUGAUUCCAUUGGACGCUCACAAUGCCGCAGAAGCAGAGACAUGCGCCUUUAGUAUCGCUCCUUUGUCCACUACUGCGACAGAAGAUUAGGAAUUUGUAUUUGCAGGAUUCUAUUAUCUAGGUGAAGGUGCAUUGCGCUCUCUGUACACGGUGUUCGACAUGGAUGAUUAUCGCGUGGGAUUUGCUUCCGUCGUGUAGUUACUUUCGCAUCCCUUAUAAUCAUUGAAC